GGCGUUACUCCUUAGAAAACUGAAAGUGAAAAUAGCAUUUUUUUCACACGACUCGAGCAUCAACGUAUGCGUGGCACAAGCAAUGAAACCUGUAUGUUUUACGGUUUACUUUUUAUCUUAUCUUUGCAUGUAAGACUCGCCUACAGCAAUGCUUGGACAGUGAGAAUGAACGAAGUCCGCCAUGUCAGAAGUCCCCUAGUGAGAGCUGUCUAUCUUCGAAUGAAAGAGGACGAGAGACAACGGAAUGACGACCAUCAAUAUUGGUACAGCUUUGACAGGGCUAAAGUGACUGAUGAUGUAUGUGAGCGCUUCAUUCAGUUCCAUCAAGAUGAAGAGACCCAGCAAUUCCUGUCCAAUUGCUACGAGAAGGCAGACUGGCUAUUUACACAGCUUUAUUAUUCAGUGGCCAAGUCCGUCCUUGGAUGGUUUAUGACCAGCACUUCAAUUAACGGACUUCUGAGAAGAGGAUCAAUGUUUGUCUUUUCCCAGGAGCAGCUAAAGCAACUUCUUCAGAUUGAGGAUGGGUGGAGGGGACAAAAUUUACUAGACCUUGGUGCAGGUGAUGGUGAGGUGACUGACAAAAUGGCCAGGUACUACAGCCAGGUGUAUGCCACGGAAGUAUCCUCAACCAUGGUUUGGAGACUGCAAGAGAAGAAUUACAAAAUCCUUGGUUUGGAUGAAUGGGACAAUGGAACCAUUACCUUUGAUUUGAUUGGUUGUUUGAACCUUCUGGAUCGAUGCAACAAACCAAUGAGCAUCCUGCAUUCGAUUAGGAAGGUGCUGACCCCUGGUGUUGGAAAAGCCAUCGUUGCAGUGGUUCUGCCUUUCAAACCUUAUGUUGAACAAGAUUCUAAAGAUCACUCACCUGAAGAAAAACUGUUGAUUCAGGGACAGAACUUUGAAGAACAAGUACAGUUCUUUAUAAAGAAAGUGUUUGAACCAGCUGGAUUUAAUGUAGAAAAAUUUAGCAGGCUGCCUUAUUUGUGUGAAGGUGACCUCCAUCAGUCUUUUUAUAUGCUGGAUGAUGCAGUGUUUGUACUAAAACCAAAGUCUUGACGGAGCGUCACAGAUGUGCCAACACAGAUCAAUUUCUAAACAAAACUGCCUUCCAAUACUAGUAAUAGAUUUUUUUUUAAAAAACCAAACAUUCAAGAUAUUAGCAAUUAUCUAUGCCUGCCCGAUUGGCUUGAAUGCUUGAAAAUCCUGGUGCUUAGGUAGUACAGGUACUUGUAUAUUACUUACCGAUUAUGUUACAGAAAUAUGUGGGAUAUACAUAUAGAUAACUUAUUCAACAUUGCAUGUCGGGCCUUGCUGCUUAGAUUUAGCAGGGAUAUAUUUACAUUUAUAUUUUAUUUCAAAGGUAUAUAUAUUGGAUGUAUGAUAAAAUUUUUAUAUGAAUUUGAAAGCAAAUAUACUUGUUGUUAAUAUUAAAACCAAACUUUCUGCUGUUAGACUGGGAAUACAAUAAACAAUAAUUUUAUCUGAUUAGUAAAUGUAUUCAUCCUAGCUUUGUCCCGAAUCUCCUAAUUGUCUCAAUUAUCAUGGAUAGUCUGAAAUAGCAUCACUUGACCAAUUUAAGGUGGAGUUUUUCAAAGCAUUAUAUAUUUUUCAUGCUGAAAAUAAAUAAUGGGAACACAAUAUUGUUUAAAUGAAAACUUAAAUGCGUAAUUUGUGUGAAAGUUAUAUUUUUGUGUACGGUAAGUAGUUAUGAUAAACGAAGCAGAGCAUAAAAUGUUCAUCAUAAAAUAUUACACCACUCAUUUCUUUAUAAACUAUGAUAGUCUUAAUUUGGAUAGUAAUUUUAUUAUUUAUAUGAUAGGUAAUUGCAUUUUAAUCACCAAUUUUACGGGUUUUUUUUUUUAUCUACAACCUUUACAAAUGUAGCGUACAUUAAAUAUGCAUUGAAAAGUACACUCAUCUUUUAACUGUACGUAUGCAGAGUGUAUUAUAGGAUGACUCUGUCUAUUCGUUUUAAAAAAGAAACCAAUUCACGACUGCAUCUUAUAUUUUGUAUUUUACUUCAAUAAAAAUUGUAGAACAUGUAACAAA